UACCGCCGACAAGAUAUGAUGGUUCAGCCCGAACAGCAGCAACCGCACAAGGAGGAAAAGGCCACUGGAGGUGUUGCCGCCCACCUGGAUUAUGAGAUGGAUCAGAUGUCCGACUUCGUGGCCGAGAUGGCUCAGGGAAUGUAUGCUUUGUACAUCACCAAGAUCAACCUAGCAGAUAUUGACUUCGCGCGAAGCGUCUACCCAGGAACGUCGGUCCCGCCUCAAUUCCGGAAAUACGUCUUUCAGGUCUUGUCGUCGACUCGCCUCCCGAGCUCGACCAUCCUCUUGGGUCUUUACUAUCUGGCCUGCCGGAUGCGCAUGCUUUCUUCCGCCAAGGUGUUCGCGUCGGGCAGUGGGCAGGUCUACCGCAUGCUCACCGUUGCUCUGCUUCUGGGCAGCAAGUUCUUGGACGACAACACCUUCCAGAACAAGUCGUGGGCCGAGGUCAGCAACAUCCCCGUGGGCGAGUUGAAUUCCAUGGAGCUCGACUGGCUCUUCGCCUUUGAGUGGAAGAUCCACGACCGCAUCUACGACAAGCAGGACGGAUUUGCAUCGUGGCGCUCUCACUGGGAAACCUGGCGCGCGAAGACCGUUGCUCGCGCUCAAGAGACUCGCCAUAACUUGGCUCCGAUUGACACCAAUGUUUCUCGCGGCCCGAGAGUCUCCAAGCCCAUGCUUUCCCCCGAAGGUCCCAUUCCUCCGCAGUAUCAGCGAAGCUCCCACUUUGAGAAUUCUUGGCUAAACCCCGCGGCUUCAGAGUACUCGCCCCCUUCUGCACCUCACAGUGGCCCCAACACGCCGGAUUAUUACGCGGUUGGCCCCUGGGCGUACAGCAACCCCCCUCCGCCUUAUUCUCGGACCUGGGUUCCUCCCCAGCAAUACAUCCCGCAGGCCCCCCGCUCGCAACCACCGUCGUACCAUCACACGCCGUCCUACGCUUUGCCUUUCGCACAGAGUGUCUGGACUGGUCACGGUUCCUCCUGCGGAUGUUUGUAUUGUGCCAAGCACAUUGAAAACUACAUGUGCGCCGGCCCCUUCGGUGCUAUGCAACCGAUCCUUGCCGGUUAAAAAAAAAAAGAAAAAGUCGACUGAUGUACCUUGCUUCCGACUGUAUUUCGAUGGCGGUCAUCUGUUGGUUUUUCGUUGGCUCUCUCUUUUUCUUUCUAAUUGCCUGCCUCCCCUUUUUAGACCACUUUUUCUUCUUUUGAUGAUACCGUGUCUUUCUAUUUUCGUUUUUUGAUGAUAAUUCUGCCUCUCACCGUCAGUUUCGGUUUAUCUUCGUUGAAAAGUACCUGCGGUCGUCAUUUUUUGUGUUAUGCCCCAAAAGCACAAA